CAUUAAUUGCCCGCGCAAUAUGGCUGAAAAUAACGAACUUCACACGAUUAGCUCUCCACACUAACAGAGAAGAGGCCGGUUCACACAUUGUCGCUUUUCAGAUCAUCCUGUCCUCUGUCGUCCCGUUGGCGUCGUUUCCUUCACACAAAAAAAAGUCCCUAAUAUGACCAACGAUCCUGACAGUACUGGUGAUCCGAGCAAUAUGGGUACUAUCGAAGAUGAAGCUGAUAACAACCGUCUUCUUUCGCAGAUCUGCCAAAACAUUGACUUAGCUUCUUUACAAGGUCGAUUAGACGCACAGAGAAUGGAGAUGCUUCCAGCACCGGUGAAGAGGCGGAUAAAGGCCUUGAAGCAACUUCAAUUAAAAACAACGAAUAUCGAGGCAAAAUUCUUUCAAGAAGUUCAUGAACUCGAAUGUAAAUAUUAUAAAAUGUGUGUCCCGAUUUAUGACGGAAGAAGUCAAAUUGUAUCGGGAGUUUAUGAACCCACGGAUGAGGAGUGUGCUUGGGAAAGCGAAGAGGAGGAUGAGAAUCUCAGUUCGGAGCUGAAAAAUAAGGUCAAGAUCGAUAUUAAGGAUGAGAGUGAAAUUAAAAAGGAUGCUGAAGAGAAAAAAGAAAAAUCCGAAGAUGAGAACGUUAAAGGCAUUCCAGAUUUUUGGCUCACAAUAUUCAAGAACGUAGGCAUGUUGGCUGAUAUUGUUCAAGAACAUGACGAACCAAUUCUUAAACAUCUUUAUGACGUGAAAGUUAUAUUUUUGGAGAAGGAUCCAAUGGGCUUUGUUCUCGAGUUUCACUUUGAGAACAAUGAAUAUUUUACUAAUUCCGUUUUAACAAAAGAAUACAUUAUGAAAUGUGAACCAGAAAAGAAUGAUCCGUUCAGUUUUGAAGGACCCGAAAUCUACAAAAGCAAGGGUUGCGUGAUUGAUUGGCGAAAAGGCAAGAAUGUGACGGUGAAAACGAUCAAGAAGAAUCAGAAGCACAAGUCCAGGGGAUCAAUGCGCAUUGUCACAAAAACAGUUCAAAAUGAUUCAUUCUUUAAUUUCUUUAGUCCACCAGUUGUGCCUGACGAUCAAGACGCUGAUAUAGACGAAGAUACUCAAGCUUUAGUAACCAGUGACUUUGAAAUUGGACAUUAUAUUAGAGAGCGCAUUGUUCCAAGAGCGGUGCUCUAUUAUACAGGAGAAGUGUUGGAAGACGAGGAGGACGAUGACUAUGAAGAAGAUGAGGAGGAUGAUGAUGACGAUGUUGACGAAGAGGAGGAGGACGAUGAGGAUGGAGUGAAUGAUGGUGUUGGUGGUGGCGGCCGACCACAGGGAGCAGAUCCAGUCGAGUGUAAACAGCAGUAGAUUUUUCUUUAAAAGAAAAUGAAAUGCCGUCUAUUAUGACAGAGACAAUACAAGUCGCUAAAAGAUCAAUUGCCUUGACGACAGUGUUGUAAAAACAACAUUACCGACAGAAUGAUUAACUGACAAAAAAAAAAAUAAUUUACAUUUUAAGUUAAUCAUUCACGUGCCCUUGUGUUUAUGAAUGACAAAAAAAAUAAUUUUUUUUUUUAAAACAACAGACAUCGACGUGACUUUAAACAAAAUCGAAUCUUUUCUUCUAAUUAAUAAUUAUCAUAUCACUUAAUAUACGAUUCCAGAUUCAAGCCCAGCAGCAGUUUUUUAAAAGUUGGCGUUCUGGAGACGAAUUUUGUUAAGAACAAGAAAAAAGAGAGAAAGAGAUUCGGAUUUUUUUUUGCGUCCAAAAAAUUUUGUCGAUAACGUCAAAUACAUAAACACAGAGCCACAUAUACACACAAAUUACAGAUUGGCCUAGAUUCGCUAUCCUCAUAAUUCUUGUAUACUUUUUACCUUUGUCCUCCCCCCACCCUCUCUUUUUUUAUUUACAUGAUUUUAUAUUGUUACAUUUGUAGAUGCGAAUCCAGACAAGCAAAAAAAAACUACACAAAUACAAAUUUGAUUAUUCUUUUGAAAUGAAAUCGAUGUUAUCGUAUAUAUGAAAAUUUUGAGUACUGUUGAAAAGAAGCAUUUUAAUACAAAAUUUAUGAAAUUAGAGACCUAUUGAUUCUCUGUGACAUUUUCUCCGCUUUAUUCUCAAUAUAAGUUAUAUUUUUUAAUUA